AUGGCUAGUAUAGACGUCCAUGUUACAACAGAGGUGAAUGAACUCCUUCUCACCUCACCCCUUUCCGACGAGACCCUAACCAAACUGUUUGAAGCUGCACCUAUUGAUCACAAUUUUGGAGGGACAAAAAUUGUCCGCCUGUCACAAACACUGAUCCUCAAGGGCGGUCCAAACACACAACCGGGCGAAGCCAACAUCUUAAACUUUAUCGCCAAGGCAGGAGAGGAAAAUGGAGCACGUAGAAUCCGGGCGUCUAGGGUCCAUCGGCUUUUCAAUAUCGAAAGAGUUGAAACUUGGGGCGAAUGGAAAUGCUUGAUCCUAAUGGAUUUCAUCAACGGCACAACCCUCGAUCGCUGCUGGGAUGAAUUGAGCCAGAAAAAGCGCGUCGACGUUGUCGACCAAGUGGCUUUGAUGUUGGAUACAUUGCACUCUAUUCCGCUACCUGACGCGUAUCAGCAGCUUCCUGGCCCUAAGGGUGAUAUACGGUGCCUGGCGCACGGUUACAUGUUCCUUGAUGAGGGUGCUGGGCCAUUCGCCUCGAUACAGGAGAUGGAGGCGUGGUUUGAUCGGAGAUUGGAUGUCGGGCGAUUAUUCAACAGGAUUCCGGAGGACGUUCCCUCUUUUCAUUUUGACAAGCUGGUUUUGACACAUCAGGAUGUUAUGCCCAGGAAUUUGAUACUCGAUGGGGAGGGAAUGGUAUGGCUGAUUGAUUGGGGGUAUUCAGGGAUCUACCCGGAGGGGUUCGACUAUGUGGGUAUCAAAAAGAAGAGGUCGUUCGGGCCGGAGUUUGUGGGCAUGUUGCUGGAAAGGAUUACAAGUUACGAGGAGUUGUUUCAGCAUAUGCGCCAUAUUGUGUUUGGGUUGACUACGGGACGGUAUCUUUAG